AUGUCGAUAUUCACUUUUGCUAUUGAGCUGUGGGGUUGUGCAUACGACGGUAAAUAUUUGAACCAAAUAGAUAAAUUUAUUAAACGUGCACAUAAGAAUGGUUAUAUAUCAAAACGAACACACAUUAAAGAAAUACGUGAUAAGAGAGAUAAGAAACUGUGGAACAAAAUAACAUCAACUGAGGACAAUGCAUUGCUUGAACUGCUGCCGGAAAAAAGAAGUAGGUUACUUAGGCCUAGAGGGCAUGAGUAUGAACUCCCCCUAGUGAGAACAGAAAGAUUCAAAAGGUCGUUCAUAAAUCGUUGUCUGUAUAACUUUGUUUAG